GGCAACCAACAUAAAAUUCACCACAGUUGUUGUUGACAUUUGUUUAAGAACAAAACUUAACUUCUUUUAAUAUUAUUUUAAGAAAAAUGGCGGACUACUGGAAAUCAAAUGAGCGUAAAUAUUGUGAUUUUUGCAAGUGCUGGAUCAGUGACAAUAAAGCGAGCAUUUCCUUUCACGAAAAUGGCAAGCGACAUAAGCUGAAUGUGGCCAAACGGAUAACUGACAUUAGCCGCAACAGCGAAAAGUCUGAACAGGAAAAACGUAAAAUGGAUGCUGAAAUACGCAAAAUGGAAGAGGCGGCUAUGCGUUCCUAUGCUCACGACAUACACAGUAGAGGAGAUUUGACUGCGCGCUCCAUAAAUGCUGUUAUGACAGCAGGUGUAGGACCUUCAACAAGUGCUGAGGUCGGUUCCCAUGCAGCUAGUAAUAAUUUUAAACAAGUUGAUCCCAUGCGUUUGGCUGGAAACUCAGAUGAUGAAAAUGAAGUAGGACCUCGGGUGGGUAUACCGAAAGUUGACCAUAGUGCUGUGCCCAAUGCCUCACUAUGGGUAGAAGGUGUAAAUGAUGAGGGCUAUUCAUACUAUUGGAAUGUUAAGACCAAUGAAAGUGUAUGGGAAGUUCCGAAAGAAGGUUAUCUCUCCUGGAAAGAAUAUCAACGUAUUAACGAAUUGGCUGUCAAACAACAGGAAUUACAAGAAGCCGAACAGGCUAAGAAGUUUCGUGAGAAUGUCAAUGAAGAAGUAGCACGCUACAAUCGUGAACGUUUAAAAAUGUUUAGACCUCCAGUUAGCAAGCAGGAACAGAAAGCCGAAGAAGAACGCAAGGAAAGUUUUAAAACCGAAGAAGAAGCUAAAGCACCUGAAAUUGGACAAUGGCAAGUGGUAGAAAACAAACCUCCUCCAGCUCCCAUUGAUUUAGAGUUACCAGCUAUAAACAACUAUUAUGCUGCUCCCGUUGUCUCGGAUGUACCUUAUGAACCGCCAGUUAAACGUUUCAAAGAGAAAACCAUCGAAACAUUAGAUGCAGAAGUUACCAGCAAUACGUCAACUUCAUUUAAAAAGCGUAAAUUUGCAGCGAAAGGAAAUGCACGUAAACGUUUGGAUGAUGAUUAAUAUAUUCCAAAAUAUAAGGAGACUUUAGGUUUAAGAUUAAUAAAACGUACAACACUUGGCAGCCCGAUAACCAAAUUUCUAUACGAAUAUAGGUUUGUACUUAAACUAAGAAAAGACAUAUCUUUUCUUAAGAUAUGCAUAAACAAAACUGAUGCCAUCGGAAAGGAUAUACAACUCAGUGGUGUUAAUACAACGAAGUUGCUUAUUUUCUAUUUAGUGAAAUUUAUGUGAAACUGAAUGCUUCAAUAUAUGUUAAUUUAAGAUACCUUAUUACAUUCAUUUACUAAUAAUUAAUAACUGUUAUUUAGACAACAUGUUAAUUUAUAUAAUGAAAAAAAUAUAAAAUAAUUUGCAUUUCAAUUAUUAGAAAUUCUUAAACGUAAAAA